AUGCCCCCCGCGAAGAAAUCUCUCGCCGGGCUGCCUCCGGCACCUUCCACAGGCGCCGUGGAGAUGCCCGCCAGCCUUGAUACUCGUACCAGCCGGACUGGACGAGUUAUCAAGGCCCCGACGCCAUUUGUUCCACCACCAACUGUGGCCGGCACAGGAAAGCGGAAGGGAGUCUCCCGGAAGAAGGAGGCCAACGUGGUUUGCAUCCAUUGCAACAGAGGACAGAGCCCAGCCUCCAACGCAAUUGUCUUCUGCGAUGGGUGCAACAGCACAUGGCACCAGAAAUGCCACGAUCCACCGAUUGACAAUCAAGUCAUUCUGGUAAGAGACAUGGAGUGGCACUGCAGGAGAUGCAAACCCGUGCGUCGACCAUCAGUGGCAAAGACCAAGAUUGUCAAGACAAAGAAGGCGACACGGACGCUGCAUCCCCGACUGCAAGCGGCACCUCAUCUUGAGGUAGGAGGAGAAAGAUUCACUUCUGAUGAGAGACGAGCUUACCUCUCACGCCUCUCACAUGCUCAGCUUGUGGAACUUCUGGUCAACGUUUCAAACAGACAUCCUUCCGUCCCAAUGUUUCCUGCCAACAUGAAGGACAGGCCGGCUUCACAGUUCUUCUUACGUCCGAGAGCGACUGUGUCCACCAAUUCAAAUGAAACGCACGCAGAGUUCAAACUGAGAUCAAAGAAGAGAACGUGCUCCGAGGAUGAUGUCACCGACGCAAAUCCAUACACCAGCUCGCGCAAGAAGCCCCGCACAGCAUCCUCGUCAACAGAACUCUCCGCCAACAAAACCUCGACUAGUCUCGAUGAUUGCAUCUCCAGUAGCUCAAAGGGUAUCUCUGCAGAUCCUGCGCCAAAUCUGACUGCCUUGUCUCAUACCAACCACUCAUCGAAUGAAACCCGGACAUCCACCACCGGGAAUUCUCGCUCUCAACGUGCAUCAUUUACCUCCCAAGAAACUCCGUCCGAUACUUCUGAGCCAGAUACUGAUGAUGAGACUUUUGAGGAUGCUGUUGAAGAUCAUCGCCUGUAUCCCCUGGCGGGCAAUGGUUUCAUGCCCACGAUGGACCCUAGGGAUCUGGGUCUUCUUACUGAGAGCUCUCAGUCUCAAACAUUCAGCCACAGUAUUCAUGGACCAGCACAGAAAGCACACGAUACAGGAGCUCCCCCACCCGUCUGGCGAGGUCUCGUGUAG